AAUCUUACUUACCGGUGCUGUAAGUGCAAACCGCAAGUUCACUCUGAAACUGAAACUUGAAAUUGAAAUGGGGAGAGGCAAAGGAGGGAAGAGCCGAACUCAGCGCAAGCACUUCCAGCAUAACAGAGAGAACGUUUGGAAGCAACCGCGUCCAGAAUCAUCAUCCAUUACAAAUAAUCUUUUCGAUAUUCAAAAUCCCGAUUUCGAUCACUAUUACAAGGAGCAGAACAUCGUUUCACUCGAAGAAUGGGAUUCGUUUAUGCAAGUUCUCCGAACUCCAUUACCUGCAGCAUUUAGAAUCAAUUCCAGUAGCCUUUUUCAUGCUGAUAUUCGGUCUCAACUAGAAAAUGAUUUUGCACCUGCACUUCAGGCCAUGGUUGAUGAAGUGGAUGAGGAGGAAGCUAUUAGACCUUUGCCAUGGUAUCCUAACAAUCUUGCUUGGCAUUCUAAUUUUUCCCGUAUGCAGCUUAGGAAGAAUCAAUCACUUAAGAGGUUUCAUGAAUUCUUAAAGCUAGAAAAUGAAAUUGGAAAUAUUACGAGACAGGAAGCUGUUAGCAUGGUGCCUCCUCUGUUCUUAGAUGUACAUUCAAAUCAUGUUGUACUUGAUAUGUGUGCUGCGCCAGGUUCAAAAACAUUCCAAUUGCUUGAGAUUUUACAUAGAUCAACUAAAGCAGGAUCACUGCCUGAUGGAAUGGUUGUAGCAAAUGAUCUAGAUGUACAAAGAUGUAAUCUUCUCAUCCACCAAAUAAAACGAAUGUGCACAGCAAAUCUAAUUGUCACCAACCAUGAAGCUCAGCACUUCCCAAGAUGUCAGUUGAACAUGGAUUGUGAUAUAAUGGGUCCAGAUCAGCAUAAUUCCCAACUGCUAUUUGAUCGUGUUCUAUGUGACGUACCAUGCAGUGGGGAUGGUACCCUCCGCAAGGCACCCGAUCUCUGGAGGAGAUGGAACACAGGGACAGGAAAUGGGCUUCACAACCUACAAAUUUUAGUUGCCAUGCGAGGCCUAUCUUUACUUAAAGUUGGUGGAAGAAUGGUUUAUUCAACCUGCUCAAUAAAUCCUAUUGAGAAUGAAGCUGUCAUUGCAGAGAUUUUGCGGAGGUGUGAAGGGUCUAUUGAACUUGUUGAUGUCUCCGGUGAGCUUCCCCAACUUAUUUGUCGUCCAGGUCUAAAGACAUGGAAGGUAUGUGACAAGGGCAAGUACUUGGUUUCCUGUAAAGAGGUUCCCAAGGUUCUUAGAAAUGUAGUUCUCCCCAGCAUGUUUCCAAAUGGCGGAAGCUAUCAAGAUACUGACUGUAACAGUAAUUGCGAUGUUAACGGACAUUCUGAAGAUGGUGUUCAAGAAGCAGAGAAUCAUAUGAUGCAUGAGUUUACUGAGGAACUUUCUGAUUUCCCACUCGAUCGAUGCAUGCGGUUACUGCCCCAUGAUCAGAACUCUGGAGCCUUCUUUAUAGCCGUAUUGCAAAAAGUUUCUCACCUGCCAGCAAUUGAGGUAAAAAUCAGAAAAAAAGUUGAUAGGCAACAUGUAGAAUCAGUAAACCAGGGAAAUGAGGAUGCACAAGUAUUGCAGAUUAAUCCAUCAGAAAGUACACGCGACGAAGAAGUUUGUGAACAAGUUUCCGAGGAUAAUAAAAAUGAACCCAACACUGCAGAUUUGAAAUUUAGUCCUGUUAUAGAUGAAGGAGAUUCCGAGGAAGCCCAGGAGCCCCACAAUGAAGAAAACAUGGCAAAGAUCACUCCAAGCAAAAGAAAGCUUCAGAUACAAGGCAAAUGGAGAGGCGUUGACCCUGUUGUCUUCUUCAAAGAUGAAGCAAUUAUUAAGAGCAUAAAGGCAUUUUAUGGUAUCAAUGAGCAUUUUCCAUUAGAUGGUCACCUUUUGACAAGAAACAGCGAUACAAGCAAUGUAAAAAGACUUUACUACAUCUCCAAGCCAGUUAAGAAUGUUCUUGAGUUGAACUUGUCAGUUGGACAGCAACUGAAAAUAACUUCUGUUGGCGUGAAAAUUUUUGAAAGACAAAAGUCACGUGAAGGUAGGUCUGUAGAAUGUGCUUUCCGAAUCACUUCUGAAGGAUUGCCUCUUAUCCUCCCUCACAUCACCAAACAGAUCCUAAGCGCAUCUCCUAUAGAUUUCAAGCAUCUUCUCCAGUAUAAAAAUAUAAAAUUUGCAGAAUUUGUGGAUGCCAAAUUUGGUGAAAAGGCAACAAACCUAAUGCCAGGCUGUUGUGUGGUAGUUCUGGGCGAAGGUAACAGAACCGCCGCAGAGGCCCUCCAUGUGCAUGAAUCAUCAAUAGCCAUUGCAUGCUGGAAAGGCGGGGCAAGUUUGACUGUGAUGGUUACUUCAAUAGAAUGCCAAGAACUGCUUGAAAGGCUUUUAAUGCGUUUAGACAGAGCCACUGAAAAGGGCUCCUCCAUUGAUGAGAAGUGAGAACAAGCAGUCUAAUAACGUGGAAGAUGUAGAACAGGAGUCAAACGGUAAUAGCCAAGAUGUGGAAGCUACUUGAUGUUGGUAAAAGACAGAUCAGUUGUUAUUUAUUGGGCACAACCAAGCUGACAUCAAAAUUCAUUUGGAAAUUGUUUUAAUAUUAUCCUCGAGACUUCAAGCAAGUAGUUAAAUAUUCAGUUGGCAUGGCUCCCAUUUAUAUUCUUACACGAGCAUUUUUUUAGUCUCGGCUCUUAACCUUUUGUGUACUCCUUGUUCUCCAUAGCAAAGGUAACACACUGCUAUAAUUUUGUAUUAUUAUAUCAAUAACAAUAUUGCAUGGCUUAAAGCAUCGGUCAAAAUAA